AUGGCCGAAUUCGUUAAACUUUCAAUCUUUGGUACAGUGUUCGAAGUCACCACUAGAUAUGUCGAUUUACAACCUGUUGGUAUGGGUGCUUUUGGACUUGUUUGUUCUGCCAAGGAUCAAUUGACUGGAAUGAAUGUGGCUAUUAAGAAAAUCAUGAAACCUUUUUCUGCACCUGUAUUAGCCAAACGAACUUAUCGUGAACUCAAGUUAUUGAAAGCUUUAAGACAUGAAAACAUUAUUAGUUUGAGUGAUAUCUUUAUCUCACCAUUGGAAGAUAUUUAUUUUGUUACUGAACUUUUGGGCACAGAUUUGCAUCGAUUACUUCAAUCUCGACCUUUGGAAAAACAAUUUAUUCAAUACUUUUUAUACCAAAUACUUAGGGGUCUCAAAUACGUUCACUCAGCUGGUGUCAUUCACAGAGAUUUGAAACCAAGUAAUAUUCUUAUCAAUGAAAACUGUGAUCUAAAGAUUUGCGAUUUCGGUCUUGCCCGUAUUCAAGAUCCUCAAAUGACUGGUUAUGUAUCUACUCGAUAUUAUCGCGCUCCCGAAAUCAUGUUGACCUGGCAAAAAUAUGAUGUGGCUGUGGAUAUCUGGAGUACUGGAUGUAUUUUUGCAGAAAUGUUGGAAGGAAAACCUUUAUUCCCUGGGAAGGAUCACGUUCAUCAAUUCUCUAUUAUUACUGAACUUUUGGGUACUCCUCCUGAUGAUGUGAUUGCCACUAUUUGUAGCGAAAAUACCUUACGAUUUGUUAAGAAUCUCCCCAAACGUGAACCUGUAUCAUUCCGACAACGAUUCGAAGGACAAGAUAGUGAAGCCAUUGAUUUACUGGAAAAGAUGUUGAUGUUUGAUCCUCGUAAACGUAUUAAUGCUGAAGAAGCUUUAUCUCACCCAUAUCUUGCACCAUAUCAUGAUCCUUCUGAUGAACCAGCCGCUCCCGAGAAAUUCGAUUGGUCAUUCAAUGAAGCUGAUUUGCCUGUUGAUACAUGGAAAGUGAUGAUGUACUCUGAAAUUCUGGACUUCCACAAUGUCGAUAAUGUUGAUGGAUCUCAAUUCAUUGGCACUCCUCUCACCGGACCAGUACCUGAAACUCAAGAUGGUGCUUUCCAAAACCCUACAGAUGCCCAAUAA